AUGUCAGCGCCAUCAUCCGCGCCUUCCGCCGCGCCGGAACAUGAUUUCCUAGCUCCUGAUGCGGGGCAGAGGCCGGCGGGUCCGACACCCAGCCAGAGCCGGUUCCAGGUAGACCUUGUGGCAGAGGCAGCUGGUGCCACCGAAGACAAGUCCCCGAGUUCCGACGCCUCCACCACCGUCCCAUCCAGCGAUAAGGCCACUUCAAGCGCUCCUCCAGAGGUUGCUGAUCCCGGAGCCGGAGGAGAAGAAGCCAAAGGCCGGUUUCGGGUGGUGAACUUCGCAGAUCCGACCGGAGCUGGGAGCGAGGCCUCUCCGGAGGCAUCGCCGGCUGAAGGUCUGCAGAAUGGGGAUACGGUGAUGAGCGAGACCAGCUUGCAUUCAUCCACCGGGGGCCAGCAUCACUAUCACUAUGACACCCACACCAACACUUAUUACCUGAGGACUUUUGGCCAUAACACCAUCGAUGCCGUGCCCAACAUCGACUUCUACCGGCAGACAGCAGCGCCGCUGGGGGAGAAACUCAUCAGACCCACCCUUUCGGAACUGCACGAUGAGCUGGACAAGGAGCCGUUUGAGGAUGGCUUUGCCAACGGUGACGAGCUGACCCCGGCUGAAGAGGCCGCUGCCAAGGAAGCAGCUGAGUCCAAAGGAGUGGUGAAGUUUGGCUGGAUUAAAGGAGUGCUGGUCCGCUGUAUGUUGAACAUCUGGGGCGUGAUGCUCUUCAUCCGUAUGUCAUGGAUCGUGGGUCAGGCUGGAAUUGUUCUGUCCUGUUUGAUUGUCCUCAUGGCUACCGUAGUGACCACCAUCACUGGCCUCUCAACCUCUGCCAUCGCCACAAAUGGAUUUGUACGAGGAGGUGGAGCGUAUUACUUGAUUUCGAGAAGUCUAGGUCCAGAGUUUGGAGGCUCUAUCGGUCUGAUCUUCGCCUUUGCCAACGCAGUGGCUGUAGCCAUGUACGUGGUGGGCUUUGCUGAAACUGUCGUGGAACUUCUCACUAGUGUAGAUGCCGUCAUGACGGAUGAAAUCAACGAUGUCCGUAUCAUCGGCACCAUCACAGUAAUCCUCCUCCUGGGCAUCUCUGUGGCAGGAAUGGAAUGGGAGGCCAAGGCCCAGAUCUUCUUGCUUAUUGUACUCAUCGCAGCCAUCAUCAACUACUUCAUUGGAAGCUUCAUUCCUGUCAAGUCGAAGGAACCUAUGGGCUUCUUUGGCUACGACGGUGCUAUCAUGUGGGAGAACAUGGGUCCGGAUUUCAGAGGGGAAACCUUCUUCUCUGUCUUCUCCAUCUUUUUCCCUGCAGCCACUGGUAUUCUGGCAGGAGCUAACAUUUCAGGAGACCUCACUGAUCCACAGCUGGCCAUUCCCAGAGGAACACUGCUGGCCAUAUUGAUCACAGGAAUAGUCUACCUGGGAGUUGCUGUCUCUACAGGCUCCUGUAUCGUGAGGGACGCCACCGGAAACAUGAACGACACAAUCAGUUCUGAGUUCAUGGCCAACUGCACCACGGCUUCCUGCAAAUUCGGCUACGACUUUUCUUCCUGCAGGGAAGCGGAAGAUGGCUGCAAGUUUGGACUCCUAAACGACUUCCAAGUCAUGAGUGUGGUCUCUGGAUUUGGGCCCAUCAUCACUGCUGGAAUCUUCUCUGCCACUCUGUCCUCAGCUCUGGCCUCACUGGUCAGUGCACCCAAAGUGUUUCAGGCUUUAUGUAAGGACAACAUCUACCCUGGCCUUGGCAUGUUUGCCAAAGGCUACGGCAAGAACAAUGAGCCCCUCCGAGGCUACAUCCUGACCUUUGUUAUCGGUCUGGCCUUCAUCCUCAUCGCCGAGCUCAACAUAAUUGCUCCCAUCAUCUCCAACUUUUUCUUGGCAUCCUAUGCCUUGAUCAACUUCUCUGUGUUCCAUGCCUCACUGGCUAACUCACCAGGGUGGCGUCCCAGCUUCAAAUACUACAACAUGUGGGUUUCUCUGGCUGGAGCUGUGUUGUGCUGUGUGGUCAUGUUCGUCAUCAACUGGUGGGCUGCUCUCCUAACCAACGUCAUUGUCCUGGGUCUCUAUAUCUAUGUCAGCUACAAGAAGCCAGAUGUGAACUGGGGCUCAUCGACCCAGGCUCUGACCUACCACCAGUCUCUAACCCACACUCUGCACCUCAGUGGAGUGGAAGACCACAUCAAGAACUUCAGACCUCAGUGUCUGGUGAUGACUGGAUACCCCAACUCUCGUCCCGCUCUACUGGACCUGGUCUCCAGCUUCACUAAGAACGUAGGCCUGAUGAUCUGCGGUCAUGUUCGCACGGGCUACAGAAGGCCAAACUUCAAAGAUCUGGCAACAGACCAGGCCCGAUACCAGCGCUGGCUGCUGAAGAAUGAGACCAAAGCCUUCUACACACCAGUGUUUGCUGAGGACAUGAGGCAGGGCUGCCAGUACCUGCUCCAGGCUGCAGGUCUGGGUCGCCUCAAGCCCAACACCCUGGUGCUGGGUUACAAGAAUGACUGGAGGGACGGUGACAUGAUGAACGUGGAGACUUACAUCAGUAUGAUCCACGAUUCCUUUGACUUCCAGUUCGGGGCUGUUAUUCUGCGACUGAGCGAGGGACUGGAUGUGUCCCAUAUCCAAGGACCAGAUGACUUGCUGUCCACCCAAGAGAAGUCCUCAGGGAUGAAAGACGUGAUCGUGUCCAUAGACACCAGCAAAGACUCUGAUGGUGAUUCGUCCAAGCUGUCCUCCAAGGCCACCAGCCUCCAGAACAGUCCAGCCAUACAGAAAGAUGACGACGAUGAUGGCAAAGCUACAACUCAGCCCCUGUUGAAAAAAGACAAAAAGAGCCCGAGCGUACCACUGAACGUGUCCGACCAGAGGCUGCUGGACUCCAGCCAGCAAUUCCGGAAGAAACAAGGGAAGGGCACAGUAGACGUCUGGUGGCUGUUUGAUGAUGGAGGUUUGACCCUGCUGAUCCCGUACCUGCUGACCAAUAAGAAGAGGUGGAAGGACUGCAAGAUCCGUGUGUUCAUUGGAGGAAAGAUCAACAGGAUUGAUCACGACCGCCGAGCGAUGGCCACUCUGCUCAGCAAGUUCAGGAUAGACUUCUCUGACAUCAACGUGCUGGGAGACAUCAACACCAAGCCCAAGAAGGAACAUGUCACUGCCUUCGAGGAGAUGAUCGAGCCGUAUCGGCUGAAGGAAGACGACAUGGAGCAGGAAGCAGCUGAGAGGCUGAAGGACAGCGAACCCUGGAGGAUCACUGACAACGAGCUGGAGCUGUACCGCGCUAAGACAAAUCGUCAGAUCCGACUCAACGAGCUGCUGAAGGAGCACUCGAACACAGCCAACCUCAUCGUCAUGAGUCUGCCAUUGGCCAGGAAGGGCGCGGUGUCCAGCGCUCUCUACAUGGCCUGGCUGGAGGUGUUGUCCAAGGAUCUGCCGCCCAUGCUGCUGGUGCGCGGCAACCAUCAGAGCGUCCUCACCUUCUACUCUUAGACACACAAAGAGAAGAACAUCCAAGUCUCACAUCCAUUUUCUGCCUCUGGGAGCAGACCCACAUAUAUACACAUCCCAAUUCCAGUCCAAACCUAAAGGUGCACCACAUACACUCCAGAGAGAUGUUAGAAAACACAGCCAUUGAGGGAAACAGUGCUGGUAAUAUGAAUAAAGAUGAAGGAAGUGAUAUCGGUUGAGAUGGAGAAGGCCUAAAAGUGAUGGAGGAAUGUCAGGGUUGGGGUGGUUGUAAUGUUGCCCAGUCUGCUCCUUUCUUUCUAUUUAUUCCAAAAUGUCUGGGUUUUUCUCUCGUAGUUCUAGUUUAUUCUAAUUUCCUCAUGAUAAAAUUUCAUACUUCGUCAAGUUGAUUUUUAUUCUCAGGCUCCAAGAAAAGAAGAAAAAAAAAAGCAGUCGUGCACAAUGUUCACGUUGUUCAUAUGAUGGAAUAUCUUUGAUGUCAUAUUUGUUCAGUUCAUCAGACCGGCUCUUCAUGUUUGUGAUGCAGCAAUAAUCACCCUGUUGUUUUCCUUCAAUAUUUGGGAGAGAACCACGCAGAAUGCUUUGCAACACCUUCUAAAGCCUUAUGGAUGUGCCUUCCAGUUGAAUCAGAUGAAAUAAUUAAUCUCUAUCUAGAUUGACAAUAUUAUCUAUUAUAUUGGUGGAUAAUAGUUUUAAUGAGUUUUAAAUGUGAUUCUUUCUUAGUUGGAGCAUUGUAUUUAUGCGAGUGGAUUGCAUGAAUUUCUGAAGGGUGUC